AUGGCCUCCGGUCCGCGGCGGUUGGCCCGGUGGGUGGCCGACGACGCAGGGGAGGGGCGGUGUCCGGAGGGGUGGCAGUGCGCCUCGCUGAGAUGCGAUCACCUGCGGGAGAUCCUGAACGGCGUCGGCGAGGACGAGUUCUUCCAGGCGCUGGAGGAGGAGGUCGAGAGGCUGAGCAGGCAGUUCGAGACAAGUGCUGAGUCCAUAAUCGCUGCCUGCGACACGCUCAGAUGGGGUUCUAAGAUGUGGAACCCGUUCAACAAGAGAAAGGCGGAGAUUUCAGUGUGCACCUGGCCAACCAACACAAAGGCAACUGUCGGCACAAGAAACAUAUGUGUCUAUGCCAGGGCAGCUAUCAAGUUUGCAAAGGACAACGCUGUGGCGGUGAGGUUGCUCACGGAGGAGCACCACAAACUGCACGCCAAUGAGAGGGGCCAGGAAUAUUUGCGGGGAUUGUGGCAGGACAAGUCUGGAAAGGCAUCUUUCCUGCACUCACCGCUGCUGGCUGAACUGGCUGCUGUGGAGCUUGCCUGGGCAGCCAACAAAUCAUGCACAACCCCCCAUGAACGUCUUUGCAACAGCUCCAGGGAUGGUGUAUCCAGGAACUCAGAUUUUCAGUGCCCGAUAUGCUUGGACACGUUGUUCAGACCACUGGCGCUUGGCUGUGGGCAUGUCUUUUGCCAGAGCUGCCUGUUUGAUGCCUUUGGCUGUGGACGUCGGUUGGGCACAGCAGGGAACAUGCUGUCCUGCAUACCUGCUUCUGCAAGGUGCCCGGAGUGUCGCAGUGACAAUGUGGCAGCAGGCGCAAAACACCUGAAGGUGUUGUCAACAACGUUGCAACAGAGGUUUCCAGAGUACUGGCAGACGAGAGAACAGGAAGAGAAGGAGAGCUUGACUUCUCUGCAUGUGCGAAAUGUUCAGCUCAGGUUGCACAAGAUGCGCCAAGCUUUGACCCAAAGGGCCAAGUUCCAUCCUUCCAUGCUCAUGAUAUAG